UAUUUUUUUUGCUACUCGAAAACUGUGUAUUUUUUUUAUCCUUUACUAAUCAAGUUCAAUAGUUCAAUUUUAUAAACGUUAAUACUCGUGGUGUACAGUACGGCUAGUGAUUGUUUAGUUAUACCAACGACGAAAUGUUAGUUGUUUAUAGUGUUUUAAGUGUUAAGUUAUAUAGCCAUGUAGGUAGUUAGGAAAAAAUUCAAUACGCCAUGCUCAAACUAAUCAUAAUAUUAACACGACGACGUUGGGUGUGUAUGUAUCUUAAUUUCGUAUAACAACCAACAAAAAUGCAAAUCUUGAUUACAUGAGUUAUGAAUUCAUCAACCGAUGAAUCAAACAAACUCGAUAUUGCAGCAUUGAGUGUCACUUCUGAAUGUGACCGAAUAGAUUUACAAGAGUUUUUAGACUUUUUAAUAUUAGCUUAUCGGAUAAAUGACGUGCUAACAUUAGGCAAGGAAAAACAAUUACAUGACACCUGCAUCAAUUGGACUGAACUGUCUCGUAAUAAUUUGUUUUUACGGUUGUCUGAUAAAAACCCUGAUACUGCUGCCGAAGACGAGACGGGACAGGGAACAAUGCGAGGCACAGGUACCGAACGAGUGCAAUGUAUUCUCAAACACAAGCUCAAAGACAUAAUGAAUGAGGGUAUUUUGGACUCUGUUCUUCCUUUUAUAGUUAAAAAAACUUUGACAACAAAUGUUUUGAAAAAUUUUGAGUCAUUUGGCUCCAAAACUAGUAAUAAUCCUUUAAAUAAAGACAAAAUGUGUUCAAAACCAAAAUGUAAUACAAUUGACCAUUCAUCUGCUCCUAGAACUAACAAGGGAGAUACGGAAAUUGAGAUUAACGUAUGUGAUGCAGUUCAAAAAUUAAAAAAAGUAUUUCGAUGUCCUAAGCGACUUCUUAUUUCGAAAAUGGGAUAUUUCUCUGAGGUAACCAAAGGACAACGGUUGGAAGAUAUUGAUAUAUCAGUACAUUGUGAAAUACCUAUAUUUGACUGGUUAAUAAAGUGGGUUAAAAAGGACUUAAAACCAAAAAACGAAUGGCCAUUAUUAGAUAAUGGAAACGUAGUGCCGAUUUUGGUUUCUGCCUCAUUUCUACAAAUGGAGCCUUUAUUUCAAGAAUGUCUACUAUUUUGCAAAAAUAAUAUCGAUGAUGUAUUAUCAUCAUCAGCGAGUUUUGGAUGUGUUAAUGACGGAGUUAUUACAAGAUUAUCAAAUCAGUUUAAUAACUGUGACGUAGAAAAUAUGGUGGACGUAAAGGAUAAAUUAAAAUCACGUUUGUAUACGAAAUUGAUAUGGGAUUUGUGCAAACGGGAUCCAAAACGUGAAUUAGGGCAUUAUAGUACACUAGCUUAUGCAUACUAUUGUUGUCGUUGUAAUACAAUUUUGGUUCCAAACGUUGCUGGCAGGAUACCUUGUAAACCACCGACUUUUAAGAUUGCUCAAAAUGGAAGUGUGAUUGCAUGUCAUUUUAGAGAUUCAAAGUGGACAUUGAACGAUCACGUGAAGUCGCUGUUUUCAAAAUAUAAGUGUUGGCGAAUUGUUUACUGGUCUUUGUGGUCAGAAUGUCAUUUCAUGAGAUGUUCACGUUGCCAACACAUGUACCCGGUGAAGAAACAAAGGUGGUGUCAAUUCCAUACCCAACAGCCACAGUAUUAUCCGGUGGAAAACAAUCGAUAUCUUUACUAUCCUAUUGGUCGUUAUCCAUGUUGCAACGAAAAAACUUUUAAAUACGAGCCCAUCAAAAAUCCAUUUGGUUGUCACUAUCGAGAGCACAUUCCAUUACUUGAACAUACAGCCGAAAUAGAAACAUAUAAAGUCAUGCAAAUGUUCCCGUCCUUAACCAUCACCGACCCACCCAUGUUUUUCUCGAAUGGGAUUUCAAAACUUAUGGACGCACAUGGCGAUGUAAAGAGCAAUGAUCAAAACACUACGGCUUGGCCCACUGAAUCCCAUCGGUUCGCUCCGUUUAUCGCUUCAAAUGAAGGUACGUCCAGGAAAUCGCAGUUUUGGUGGGAUAAUAUCGUGAUGGGCACAUCGUCAAACAAGAGACUGCUGUUGAACGAAUUGUGGGACAAACCUUUCGCCAAACGACCUGUAUCACCUAGUACAAGUGAAAAUAACGUCUACGAAGCGACCGAGGUUCCGUUGAAUGAAAUCAAUUCAUCGUUCGGAUCGUCGUUUGAAGAAGUUGAGGAUUCAUUGUCGAGUUUUAGUGACAGUGAUUCAACUCAUUCUGAAAAGACAACUUAUAACAAUAGACAACAAAAGAUCAAACGGUCUUCGAAAGCCAUAAGAACACUGAAACAAAGAUACAGAUACUCUGGUACUUAUCAAUGGUCGUUGACGGCACCAAUGCGUUGUAAUCAGGACAAUCAGAGAGAAUACGAAGAACGCUGUUUUAGACAAAUCAUUCAUCAGCUGCUACAUCAAAACAGCAAUUCGAACACGGAAUGCAGCCGAUUGUUGACUACUACCAACAACCCCGUUAUUGAUGUUGGUCAGCGAUCUGGUGGUUAUUUUGUAAGACUAGAAACCGAACUCCUAUCAAAAAUCGACCCGAAAAAUGCUCAACGACCGACGAGUACCGUGGAGGCGAAAGGUGUGCAAUCUAAAACCAAGCUUAAGAAAACACUCAAACCUCCUAGUUCUUAACCCUUAAAUGAUAUUAAAAACCAUUGUUACAAUUAUUAUUUAGAAGUAAUAUAUAAUAUAUUUGUUAUCGUUUUAACCGAGAAGGAGCUUAAUUUAUAGUACAAAAAAAACUUAAAUUAAUAGUUUUAUUAAAAUGCAAUUGCACACACAUAAAGAAACAUCAUGGAAUAGGUACAAAUAUUAUAUAAUUAGAACUAAAUGAUAUAAUUUACACAAAAACUGAGUUAUAACAUAAUUUUAGUAUAUUUUAUUAUACAUAGAGGUUGGAAUUAGAUAGGAUGAAAUAACAAUAAUUUUGAUAUAGAUGGUCUAAAACUUGAAACAAUAUAUUAUAAUGAAUAUAACUUAUAAGGUUACCCUUUGGUUUGGUCGCCUACUUUGCGACUAGAUAAUACACACACACACAUAUAUAUAUAUACACACACAAGCAAGCAUACGUGAAAUCACACUUAUCGAUAUUAUCAUAGGUAAUAGGUACAUAAUAAUGAUAUACAUUACAAUAAAUAAGGACUUACGCGAUUCGAUAGUGAACAUUAGGAAUCAAUUACGAAAAGAAUUAAUAUAGAUGUGUUAUAAUAUUAUAUAUUAUGUAAAUGCCAAGGGCAGUAAUCACAAAUCUUAACAAGUUUUAUAUUAUAAUAUACAGAUACCUAUAAAUAGAUACUGCAACAAAUGUAUACGGUGUCACGGAGAACUGCAACGGAGAGCUUCAAUAUAACAAUAUUGUUCGUACAUAUAUUUAUAAUUAUGGGGUCUUACCCGAAAUAUUAACAAUAUUCGCUGUUUAUUUGACAUCCACCGAACACUUUAUUGCAGCUUUUAUAAUAUUAUAUUUCUAAAUAAAUGUAUUACCAAAUAUAUCGCAGUCACGACAUCGACACUUGGAAGUAACUAUCGGCA